ACAAGCCGGUUCUUUGACGUAUCUUGUAUUUCUACAGCGAGACUGUCGUUGGGGUUAUCUCAGCCAUGGUUGAGAAGGAAUUGGGGGAAAGGAACUUUGGCUUUGACUCCCUAAAGUACAUGAACCACGACAUGGAGGAGAAAGGGAUUGUUGGCCGCAAAUGACUCCCGCUUGAGCCCCGCUUCCCGCUUCCCGCUGAGGGACCGCGGUGGUGCUCGGCGGGAGACAACCGCUGUCAAUAAUCGCGGGCAAAAAUCCCUUUGUUCUCCAUGUCGUGGUUCAGUCUACUUCAGAUUGAUGUGGACGUGGAAGAACCAGAGAUGUCGGAGAACCCGACGCGGCCGUUUGAGAUUCAUAAUAACGUGCUUACGUCUCUGCGUCUAAAACGACCCUAAAUCGGCCUUUAGGGGCAAGAGAGUUGGGUGUAAGGUUUGAAAGUUCAUGCCUGCAUGAGCAAACUACUAGUGAUCAAUCACUUUGGUUCUGUUUAAAAUAUCUAAAUUCUACAACCGUGUUUGAAUCUAGAUUUAAUAACUUAUCUGUUAACACAAAAGGCUAAACACACCCACAAUCAGCCCAGCCUGGUAAGACAUAGGGGAGUUUAUAUCCUAAUAUGAGGAACCUUUUUCCAGUAGCUUAAUGUGUGUGUGUGUGUGUGUGUGUGUGUGUGUGUGUGUGUGUGUGUGUGUGUGUGUGUGUGUGUGUGUGUGUGUGUGUGUGUGUGUGUGUUGUGCAACCCCGUUGCAGGACGGACACCUGACAUGCCCGGGAUAUAAUAAGUGCAAGGCUAAGAAAUCAACGCUCCCCUGCAGCUCAAACACCGUUUCAGCUAUCCCUGAAAACCGAGAAGAAAUUGAGGAAGAGGAGGGGGAGCUGCAGGCCAACCCGGGUGAGGUCAGCGUGCAGGAUGAAGUGGAACUGCAGGGGAAUGAUUGCUCUACGCAGCGCUCCGAUACAGACCAAGGAGAUGAUCUGGAGGAAGUGACAGACGAGAGGCCCAUGGUCGGCCAGAAUGAGUUCAGAGUGAUAUGUGAAGCUAUGAGUGGGAUGCUGCACGAGAGCCACUUUGCCUCAGGGAGGUGUGGGGACAGUAUUCGGACGGAAGACCGUUUGAUGAGUCCAGUGGAGUUCGUGGAGCAGGGUUCAGCAAUGCCUAACGCCCUCUGGAGGAGGGACAUCCAAUGGGAAGGACAGCCGCUGAGCAGCAGUCUCAUUGAGAGGAAGAUGUUGCACUUACACUCUGAGCAGUUUUACUGUGCACAGUGCCAUCCAGACCCUCAAGCCCUGGCAGGUGAGGAAGACGAUGAGGAGGAGGAGGAAAGGCCUAAUUUGGAGGCAGAUCAAGCACCUCCAUCAACCCCCAACCCCGCCUCAUCCCUAUCCCAAUUUCCACUUCUAUCUGACCCUCUAACCACUACCUCUUCCACAUCUCACCCUCCCACCACUCUGAUGGCUUCUACCCCUACCUCUAUCUUCUUCCCUUCUUCCACCCCAUCCUCCCACGCGACACGAGUGGCUUCUGCCACCUCUUCCUCACUAUCUGAUCCUACCACCACUAAAGACUUCUGCCUCUACCUCUUCUCUUCUUCCACCCCACCCUGCCACCACCCUGAAUGCAGUGUCUUCGACCGUUCCUCAGUCAGUUACCCCAUCAUCUCAUCCCCCUACCCCGAGUUCAUCAGCCUCCCGUGGGGGUAAAAGAAAGAGGAAAAGCGUCAGGCUGAAUACUGAUCCAUGCGAGACUGCCCGCCUCGAUAGGCUGCAGGAAAUUCGGCAGGAGAUGGAGAAGGCGAUAGAAAGGGUGGAAGAGAGGAAGAGAGAGAAUGAGAGAGACAGGAUGAGGGAACGAGAUAUGAAUGACAUUCACUUCUCCUUUACCAAUUACCUGUGGCAAUUCAUGCAAACCCUUCCACAGGGGAAAAGUGCUUUUGCGAUGCGCGACAUCAGACAGCUGAUGCGGGAUUAUGAGCCAAUUUAAUGAUUUUCUUGUCACCCGAUUUUCUUUCUAUUGCUGGCCUUAUUUGUUUUAGCCUAUUUUAAUUAAUUACGUAAUGUUUUGUGUUCACGUUCUGUGUGUUCAUGUUCUGUGUGUUCAUGUUCUGUUUGAAACAUAAGUUCAGUUUAUAGCCUCUUUGAGUGAAUGAAAAAUAUGUGCAUGUAUGGUGGGUCAAGUUUCUGUAUUUGAUAAAUAAACCCCUUUUCUCUGAUAAUGUUUCCUACCAUAUAAUUUCUGUGGACAUUAUGCGUUAUAGCUUUGGCUAUAGGCGUACACGUAAAUAAUUCAUUCAUCUGUCAAGGCAGUAGCUCGUUGUAUAAACAUU